AUGUUGGAGGAGUAUAUGACAAAUGGUGUGAAUGAUGAGCAAAUUAAAUCACUCAAUGAGUUCGUCAUUCACAAUCACUGGGAUUGGUUAUUUGUGGAGUUCAAUGAGUUGCCUGAUGAUGCGGACAUGUAUUUAGAGGCAGAUCCAUUGUAUAUGGAGAAUAAGAAGCUUUUCAAAACAGGCUGGGGUGUAAAGGAGGAUAACAUCCUAACAAUGCUUGGUCAGGUGGACAAUGCAUGGAUGUUAGAGGGCCUCAACCCCUCAGAGAUGUUCAAGAAACCCAUGGAGGCAGCCCUCAAGGAGCUCAAAAAAGGGGGGGAAGGGAUUAACAUUGCAUACAAUGAAAAUGUGGAAUUGCCAGACAAGUGGCACGAGUCUCAUGAGCCUCCAAUUCAAUUCAUCAGAUUCAUUCUUGAUAAACCUCUGGCCAAGGAGAAGGUUGAAUGUGGAGACUUUCUGAGGGAAAUUAUGGAUAUUCUUGUCACUGACAAGACAUGA